AUGUCGACAAAAGCAAAGUUGACCCUGGCUGCCACCUCGCUUGGUGCGAUUGGUAUCAUCAUCUUUGUGCACCAUGGUCAGAAGGUCGAGAAGGCCGCUAUGCACGCAGGUGUCAUUCGAGACAUGGAGCAGCAACGCAUAAAGAAGGAACGUCAACUAGACUUCGAUAUGCAAGCCGAGCUGGAAAAGGAAUACCGCAAGCUACAAACUGUUUCCGACGGCCGAAAUCCAAAAUAA